GCGGAGUCAGAUCCAUUGUGAUACCAGGAUACGUCAGCUAGGGCUGUCGAUAUACAAGGGAAGCGGCCAUGAUGGCGUUCUUGAUCAUGGCUUCUUUACACAACACAGGCGGUAUAAGCCAAACACAGAUCUCAACAUUCAUCUUUGCAGUAUGUUCAUGUAUGCAGUUGAGAAAAGAAAAUCUUCAGAAGAACAUCGGGCCAGCUAUUUGGAACGACGCGUGGGCAGAUUGUCUCGCAGUGGGUCUGGUAUGCAAAUCAGAGCUUCAUUCUCUGGCAAUUCAGGGGCUGUGAAGAAUUGGUCUCCACUCAGCCUUGAAACGAUAUAACUUAAUCAUAACUAAAUCCGACUUGGAUAAUUCCGAUCUCUC